UUAACCUACUACUCUUGCGGAGAGAGCUCAGAGCUAACGAUGCACGCACUGAAACGUCUCAAAUCGGCCAAUCGGUUCAUCAAUCUGUACUCCUCCGCCGCUAAUUCGAGGCGGCUGCUUCCCCCUCCGGCAGCGGCAGCGAAAAUCGGUCGGAUUAAACGGCGGAAGAAGGUGCGGCAGCCGCUGAAGAAUGUAGUGAGGCUCACGUGCGAGUCAGCCGCGGAAGGAGGCGUAUGCGAUGUAUAUGUCAUCGGAUCCGUUCACGAUUGUCCGAGAUCAUGGGCGGAAGUCAAGGCUGUGAUACAAUUCGUGAAACCAGAGGCUGUUUUUUUGGAGCUGUGCACUAGUCGCCGUCAUAUUCUUACGCCUGAUAAAAAGAUCCCGACCUUGCAAGAUAUGGUGCAUAUGUGGAAGAAAAAUGAAAGUAUUUAUUCUAUUCUAUUUAAGCGGACUACUGCCAAGCGUUUUCGUGAAUAUAAUAAUGUUGUGACCGCUGGAGAUUUCCGUGCGGCAUAUAAUGAAGCAACAAAAUAUGGUGCCAAGGUCAUACUUGGUGAUAGACCUAUAGAGAUUACACAUUUGAGACAUUGGGCCAACACGUCUAUUUGGCCAAUCUUCCUGCUAUAUACAAUAGGAACAAACGUUUUUUUGCCGGAAGAUCUCUCAAAGAAGGCGGCGGAGGCACAAAAGACUGGGAAGUUGGAUGCUGACUUGGUGAAACAAUUGAUUUGUGAGGCGACCAAGCAAGAUCCUAUCGGUUCAAAAAUUAUAAUCGAUGAGCGGGACCAAUAUAUGUCCUUCACAUUACUUGAAGCCGCACGCCAGCAUAAGUCAGUCGUUGCUGUUGUGGGGAUGGCUCACGUACCAGGAAUACAAAACUACUGGAAACAACAUGUUGAGGUGGAGCAGCUUCUCAACGUCCCACUUCGAAAGAAAAUGCUUAGAAUUGCAACAAGAGUUGCACAGGUUGCCUGUCUCUAUGGCACUUAUCUCUACUUCGAUGAGUUGAGACAAGGAUGGAUACAAUUUGUUGAGGCUCUUCCAAAAUUUCCAAAAGAUCGAGUGGAUUGAUUCGAUUUGGAUUCUCCCGUUUGAGUGUCUCAAUUUUGCCAUUGAAGCUAAGCCCAUAUACAUCAUUUGGGCCUGAAUUCUGCAGCCCAUAACAUUUAUUGGGUCAGCCCUAUUUGAUGCUCUAUUUUUCUCCUUUGUUAUAAUUGGGCCAUUUGCUAAAACCAUCGAUUAAAUGGAGGGUUUUAUAAUAUUCGUAGCUCAUUAUUUUUAUUA